AUGGCUUCAAUCACUAACCAUAAGCUCAACACUGGGGCUACUAUUCCCGCCAUUGGUUUUGGUACUUGGCAGGAUAAGGAUUCUCAAGAGAAGGCAGUUUUGGAGGCAUUGAAGGCGGGGUAUAGACACAUUGAUACAGCUAGAGUAUACGGCACUGAACCGGCAUGCGGUGCAGCCAUCAAGGCUUCAGGCAUUCCUCGAUCCGAACUCUUCAUCACAACCAAAUUAUGGAAUAAUAAGCACAAGCCAGAAGAUAUCGAACCAGCGCUCGAUGCUUCAUUAAAAGAUUUGGAUUUGGAUUAUGUCGAUUUAUACUUGAUGCAUUGGCCAUCUGCGUUCAAGUCCGGCGACGAAUUAAUGCCAAAGGUGGAUGGAAAGAUGCAGACUUCGGAUAUCUCAUACAUUGAAACUUAUAAAGCGAUGGAGAAGCUUAUCAAGACUGGAAAGACCAAGGCGAUUGGUAUCUCCAAUUUCUCCCGAAACGAGCUGGAGCAUUUGUUGAAGGAGACUUCGGUGGUUCCUGCGGCCCAUCAAUUGGAACUUCAUCCUUGGCUACAACAAACGGAGUUCUGUGAGUUCAAUAAGAGUAAGGGAAUUCAUAUCACACAAUAUUCUCCAUUCGGAAACCAGAAUGAGAUUUAUGACAGUGGAAAGAAUAUUCCCAAGUUGAUGGAUGACCCAACAAUCGUUGAAAUCGGUAAGAAAUAUAAUAAGACUGGAGCACAAGUAGCAUUAGCUUGGGGUAUUGCACAUGACCACUCUGUCAUUCCUAAAUCAAAGACGCCUUCUCGUAUAAAGGCCAACUUGGAGGGAGAUUUCAAACUCGAUGCUGAAGAUUUGAAGAAGUUAGAUGGGUUGGAUAGAAAGUUGAGGUUCAAUGAUGCUAGUGCAGGUUUUGGAUACAACUUCUAUUCAGAUCUUGAUGGCAAGAGGAAGAAUUAA